AAAUUUAUCAACAUACUUCUCCAAACAAAACAUGUUUUUUAUACAAUUUAUUUACAAUUUCCACUUAACCAGAUAAAAUGACCGCGGAAAUCGACGAAAAUGUCCGCAAAAACACCCCCUUUGCGCGAUUGCCCACGCACAUCAAGCAGAUGCUGGGCAACUCGCCGAAAGAAUACGACAGAUUAAUCAUAAACUUCAGCAUCAAAAACCAACUGCGAUACCGCGGAAAUUUGGUCCGAAGCGCCUUCGGCGACGAAAAACGGUACUACGAGCGAAUGGUGAACUACAGCCGCGAGAAAUUGAUGUUGUUCCCUUACCAUUUAGCCGACAUGAUCGUCAAGGGUUUAAGAAUCACCCCAUUCAAUUACUAUGUAUCGGUUGUGGAGAAGCUGCUUCGAUCGGAGAAGAGCUACGAUACCCUACCUAACUUCACGGCGGCCGAUUGUUUGAGAUUGCUGGGGAUCGGUCGCAACGAGUACAUCGAAUUAAUGAACAAGUCUCGCUCGAACAAGGGCAGGCUGUUCGGGGGCAAGAACGUGAGAGCGCUGUUGCCGCAGGUGCCUUGCGAUGUGGCUGUAGAACCCUGGUGGAGGGCCGAAGUGGGCUUGGUUCUCGAAGAGGACGUGAAAAUGGUUAACAACGAAGAGCUAUCGGUUAUCGAUAAGUUGAUCGAUUUGGGGUCGCAGAACGCCGGCGAUUUACCUUACGGUGUCGUAUUGAGUUUAUAUAAGAAAGGGUUGAUUUAUUUGGAUGUUCCGGUAACCGGAGCGGAUAGGGUGCAAGUGCCUCCUCUACAAGGCUUCGUAAUGAACAGGAUAUUAGGCGAUUAUUUCGAGACGUUGCUCUAUAAGAUAUUCGUUUCGAUCGAUGAACACACCACUGUCGCAGAACUCGCCAAUGUAUUGCAAGUGGACGUGGAGUUGGUGAAGCAAGCCGUAUCGCUCUAUUGCCGAUUGAAAUUCGCCAGGAAAUUAACAUUGGAAACGAAUAAAAAAUGGCACCCCACCUGGUCGGACCUACCAGCUCGAAAUACCAAUAACGCGGACAUCGACAUCACACCGCUCACCUUCAACCUAUCGGGCGAUCUUCGAUCGCAGUCCAUGCAAGCGAAACCCGAACCGCCGCCGGACAGUCCGGUGGGCGAAGCCCCUCGCAUACCGUCCGGCCGACGGGCGGCGUUCCUCUUCGAUUCGACGCUCACCGCCUACCUGAUGAUGGGCAAUCUCUCGCCCGGCCUGAAGAAACACGCCGUGACGAUGUUCGAAGUGGGCAAGCUGUCCGACGAAGGGCUCGACAGCUUCCUCGCCGAGCUCGAGAAGGUCUCGGCGUUGGACGCCGAAGGCGAGGGCGAGGCCCGGCGGUUCUUCGACCACGCCGUCAUCCUGCGAUCCACCGUGAUGACGCUGAGGAAAUUGCCGGCCGACACCGGUUUGGAUCUCAUUCGAUUGGAGAGCCUGCGAUCGCUCGACGAGCCGACCUGUUCGAGGCUGCUUCAGAAGAAAUACAAGUUAUUGGUAUCGAUGGCGCCGCUUAGCAGAGAAGUGAGACCGGUAACGAGCUUCGUACCGCCUCAUUUGGGACCCGCCGUACCGGAGGUGAACACCCUGUGGUUCAAACUGUUUAUAUACCACGUAACGGGCUACGGACCGCCAUCUUUGUUACUAGCUAAAGGUACAAUCAUCGAUCAUUUGCCGAGAGUUUUCCUGGGUUUCUCGCGAUUGUUGGUACAAUCGUGGUCGCACGAACCGGCCGUCAUACCGGUCUCUAACGUCCUCUACGUCAACGCCACCUUGCAAUUCUCGCCGGUGUUGAUACAGGCGUACGGCGUGCACGGGCCGGCGCGCACGCGCUUCGUUCCGUUUCCGUUCGCGCGUGCGCGUCGCGUCGACAGCAAGCGACGGCCGACGGAAGAGAUCGACGCCGGUUUCGUCAAACACGGCGCCCUCGCACGGUUGAAGGAGGCGGUGGAUCUGGAGCACAAUUGCGGGUAUUUGACGUUCGCCGAUAUCGGCGUGGUGGAUUUCGGCAGGAAAAUGGCCGAGGGAUCGGCGGACGAGGCGGUACCGCCGCCCGUUAGGUUAGGUAUCAACGAUCGAUGCGCCCCCAAGGCGAGUAGUAAUAACAACAAGAGCGAUCCGCUGUCGAUAUCGAACGAGAAUUUCGACUUUCGUCGAGAGGGCGUCGACAAAAUGGCGGAGAAUCGCGACGGGAAAUUGCGGUCUCCGUUGGAGAAUCAUUUCGCCGUUACGCCGGAAUCGGAGAGCGGUCGCGGAUCGUCGCCCGCGAACGGUUUCACCAGCAAAGAGGGCUCGGAUCUGUUGCAGGAGGAGCUCGAUCGGUUGGUUUUGAACGAUAAGGCGACAGGUCGGUUGGGUUUGGAAUUGGGCGGUAAAACCGAGGAAAUCGCGGAAAAUCGCUUUUCCCUGGACGGUUUGGCUAGUCCGGCCGACGAGAAUAUCAACAUGUUCGAUAGGGAAAGCGACAAAAUCGAGCCGAAAAUUGAGGAAAAAAUCAAUGAAAAUUCCCCCGAGGUGUGGACAAUUCUAGACUGCCAUUUUGGGAUUCCCUUGUUCGACGCCGACGCCAAUACGAAAAUCUGUGAUAGCAUCGUUUACGGCGGUUUAACCGAUACACAUAGCCUGGAAAAUUUGGUGGAAUCCAGCCGAAAAUUGGGAACGUCGCUCCUGGAAUUCAUAUCGCAAUGUCAGUACCGCCCCGGAGAGAAAAUGGGAAUAUUGAAAAGGGGUCGAUUGGUCCCGCUUCCGAAAUACAAUCUGGUUUUCGACAAUGGUCGAGUGAGCGAAUGGCUCGGGAAAUAAAUUCCACAAUAGAAACGUCCCGGAGAAUGUUUGUACAUUAGUUAAGUUUUAAGUAUUUUGUAGAAAUAUUUUAUUUUCUGUUGAAAGCAUUUAUUUGUUAGAAAAGUUGACCGUUAUUUUAAAAAAACUUAAACUUAUUAUGCGUUAGUUAGUUCUAAUGCUUUCAUGUUUUUCUUUCUUUUUUUUUUAAUUUUAAUCGUACAGUAUUAAACUAUCAUUCCUCUUUUAUUUGUUGUAAAAAUUUUAAUAAACUUUAAUUUUCAAAUUAA